AUGCCUCCAAUCCGCACCUGCGACCGUCAUUUUCCCUCUUUGCAAGCGGUUCUUCAUCAAGCAGAUUCUCUCCCUACCAAUGCGACUAUAUACUAUCGACACGUUCCCCUGCCCUCUCUCGUACUUCGAUACGAGCCGUAUGGCCAUGCCUACUUCAACAGAAAUCAUCCUCUGAUGCUGAAAUCUGCGCAGACCGCAACUCAUGAUGGCGAUGUCGAUUGGGAUGAUUGUGUGUAUUUCACCGUAGCCCUCGGAUGUCUACAGCCCACGAAGGAAGAGGCCGCUCUUGAUGAAGCUCUUCCGGAGCCCGAGCCACCUCGCGGGCAGGAACUAGCUCUUGCUGUUACUCGUCGUCUGCACCUCACUCGUUUAUGA